CACUCUGACAGAAAUGAGCGAGAGAGAGGACCACUGAGCGUGAGCGAGAGAGAGAGGGAUUCAGAGAAACAAAGAGUGGGAGAGAGGCUCGCAGAGUGGUUUGGUGCCAAGUUGCACUUUUGCAUAUGAACAAGGACUUCCUUCCUGCUCUGUUGGGGUGACCAUCUGAAGUGAGAGGUUGGUGGUCUGAAAUGGCGGUAGAGUUAAAAUGACUACAGAUCGAAUUAUUGAGAUAGUUCGCUUGCAGGCUGAAAAGGUGUAAUGCUAACAAUUGAAAUUUCACUUGUAUACAUUUUUGCUUUCUAGGGUUUGUGGCAAGGUUCUCAUGGAGGGGAAUCUGGGUGCUCUGCAAUUGCUUAUGCCUCUGAUUGUUUGCCUUCUGUUCGGUGGAUGCGCUUCACAUAGGGUAUAUAAUGAGUCGAUUCAUAGGCAAUUGGUUGCUACUGGAACUGAAGAAAAUAAAGCACCAUGCCCCAGUGGUUGGAUUCUUGGACCCAAUAAGCGGAAGUGCUUUGGUUAUAUGACCAGCCGCCAACCUUGGAAUGAGUCAGAAACCCGUUGUAAAAGUUAUAAUGGAAACUUAGCAGCAUUCAAAACAUCUCAAGAACUGGCCUUUGCUCAGAAUCUAUGUGCUGAAACCAUCAGUGGCUGCUGGGUAGGGGGAAGAGGUGUCAACUCUACUAUUGGUCUUGGUUGGAAUUGGUCCGAUAAUACUUCAUAUUGGAAUGAGUCUCUCUUUCCUGGGGAACCCCUUCAAUCCAUUUGCAGUAACAUCUCUUGUCACACCAAUAGUUCUAUUGAUGUAUGUAUAUUGGUUACUAAUGGAUCCGCAUCCCUCUUGGUUGAAAGAUGCAACAUGUCUCAUGGUUUUAUAUGCAUGGUUGAUUUAGGGAACAGAUGUUACCACAUGCAUUGCCACAGAGAAUAUCUUAUCAUCCUUGGAGUUGUAAGUGGAUUGAUUCUCUUCACAACAUUAGCUGUAGUUAUUUGGCUUCUUGCAUACAAGCGAAGCAGGAAGCGCAGACGUUCCCGCAGACUUUCUAAUCCAGCAGCUACUGCAUUAGUCCCUCCAUCAUGGAAAGUCUUCAUGAAAGAGGAACUAAGGUCAAUUACAAAGAACUUUAGUGAAGGAAACCGUCUUCUGGGAGAUGCCAAGACAGGAGGAACAUACAGUGGGCUUCUUCCUGAUGGUUCAAGGGUGGCAGUUAAGAGGUUGAAGAGAUCUAGUUUUCAAAGGAAAAAGGAGUUUUACUCUGAAAUUGGAAGAGUUGCAAAGCUUCACCAUCCAAAUUUGGUGGCUGUGAAAGGCUGCUGUUAUGAUCAUGGUGAUCGCUACAUAGUUUAUGAGUUCAUCAUUAACGGGCCCUUAGAUAAAUGGCUGCACCACAUACCUAGGGGUGGUCGGAGCUUAGAUUGGGGAAUGAGAAUGAAAAUUGCAACAACUCUUGCACGAGGAAUUGCGUUCCUGCAUGACAAAGUGAAGCCACAUGUUGUGCAUCGUGAUAUCCGUGCCAGUAAUGUACUGCUUGAUGAAGAUUUUGGAGCACAUCUAAUGGGGGUUGGUCUCUCAAAGUUUGUGCCGUAUGAAGUGAUGCAUGAGAGGACAGUGAUGGCUGGUGGCACAUAUGGAUACCUGGCUCCAGAAUUUGUCUACAGAAAUGAGCUUACAACAAAGAGUGAUGUUUAUAGUUUUGGUGUGCUGCUGCUUGAAAUUGUGAGUGGGCGUAGACCUGCGCAGGCUGUUGAUCCAGUCGGUUGGCAGAGUAUUUUUGAGUGGGCAACGCCUCUGGUGCAGGCUCAUCGCUACCUAGAUCUCCUGGAUCCUCAUAUAACCCCUUCUUCUCCGGAUAUCCCGGAGGCCGGUGUGAUUCAAAAGGUGGUGGACCUUGUUUAUGCUUGUACGCAACAUGUGCCAUCAAUGCGCCCAAGGAUGUCUCAUGUUGUUCAUCAACUUCAACAGUUAGCCCAGGUUCCCAUUCUAAAAUAGUUUUAAGUGAGUUUCGGGUUUAGUAUUUAUGUAUACAGUGCAAGUAAUGAGAAUUUGUAGCUUGUAAUGUUUAUUCUCCAGUUUAGGGGCCAUAUGACCAACUAGAGUAAAGCUCUUAGCCAGAAUGUAGGGUUUAGGGUUUAGCACACUCAAGGCCAUAAGACCCUAAAGUCUAGCACUACCUAAGUGGCUGAUGUAGUCGUCAGACUGACAAUUGCAAUCCAAUCGGUAAUUUAAUUGAUAAUAUCUGUCUGUAUUGAAAUAAAACAAAUGGUAGGUAUAAUUUGGUCUGAAAUGGGCCCAGAGUCAAAAUUGCAAAGUUUUCUCAAUUAAUAUGUGCACUGCAUUUAUUUA